AGCAUAUAACGCAAGUCGUUAAAUAAUCGUUAUGCUGAGUGUGUGAUCGACAUUAAUUUCCGUAUACAGACACCCGCUUUGGGGACCUGGGGGGCGGUUAUAAAUAUUGGGCGUUGUUGCCAUUGUACCAUGCCCUUUAAAAAUCAUAAAUCUAAGAUUGGUUUUAAUAUAAGUUGACAAAAAACUUUUUAGUGGUCAUCUGACGGGCAUGGUCACGUUUACGUUUCCCACUUGAAUCCACACUGUUUGACUCAUUUUACAUUCACAAUACAAUCAGCGCAAUAGACAGAACAGAGGGCUGAGUAUUCCAUCUUAUGACGGCAACAUCGCAUGGCAGAAGUGUUGCUUUAAGUUCAACCUCAUGAUACAAUGAAUACAUUGUAUCAUGGUUCAACCUUAUUAGUGUAUGCGAAAGACUCAUCUGAUCAACUAUUCCCAAUUUAUUACACACAUUUACUUGUACAGCUUUAAAAAUGCAGUCUUGGGGUAUGAGUUUUAUCAAGUACAUGUUGUUCGUUUUCAAUUUGGUUUUUGCGGUAUCCGGUCUAGGCAUUAUUACAGCAGGAGCACUGGUGUUGGCCGAUGUCUCAGAUGUUGGGCAUUUUACCACCAGCGAUUUAUUCGGACCCCCAAUAGUGCUAAUCGUGACCGGAUCUAUAGUAUUCAUUAUCGCUUUUCUGGGCUGCUUUGGAGCUAUUCGCGAAUCAUACAAUAUUCUUCUUGCAUUUGCUGGGCUACUAGUAGUGAUUUUCAUCUUGGAAAUGGCAGCUGGGAUCUCGGCAGCCAUUUACAAGACCGAUUUUGCAAACACCCUAAAAAGUUCUCUCCACAAGUCGAUGGCAAAUUACACAGACAACAGAGUCGAAAAACUUGCGUGGGACAAAUUGCAGAAAAAAUUGAAGUGUUGUGGAAUAGACAAGCCCAGCGACUGGAACAUUCCUCCUGCUAUGUGGCCCAACUCGUGCUGCUACGAGGAUAAUGAUCACGACCACUCUCAAAGAUCGGACAAUGAGCUACCGAAGGAAGACGCCUACUGUCAGGGACAGUCUACGGGUGUCUACGUCUAUUCGAGCGGAUGCUUCGAGAAGAUGAAGGCUAAAAUAGAUGCGAAUUCCAAAGUGUUGAUUGGAGUGGGCAUUGGAAUUGCCUUUAUCGAGGUGGUGGGCAUUGCGUUGGCCUGCUGGUUAGCUUAUACGAUCAACCAAGACAAGCAAUCCUCUGAAUAAAAAGUGUAGACGAUGGAGCUGCAGAGUAGUCCAGAUGUGCACUUUACUUUAGUUUGUUGGGUAAACGGCACUUAAAUCUAAAAUAAUUCAUGCACCUAUAGUUGAAAUACAAAGAUAUGUUCGCUGCUUUAGCAGCCAUAUUA